UUCUGUCCAGUGGUGCGGGCCCUGUAUCCAGUCGGUACCGGCUGCCGGUGAAGCCUACGUCAUGGGCAAGAAGGAUAAAUGGGAUCGAGAUAAGAAAAAAUCCAAGAAGCGUCACUACGAUGAAGAGGAGGAGGAUGAUGAUGAGGCGACCACCAAUGACCAGGAAGCGGUGCCCUCUGCAGCGGGAAAGCAGGUGGACGAGGCGGGCACCAAACUGGAUGAGUACAACGCCAAGGAUUAUAGAUCACAAAUGCCCCUGAAGGGCGACCACGCGUCCCGUCCGCUCUGGGUGGCCCCGGAUGGACACAUCUUCCUGGAAGCCUUUUCCCCGGUCUAUAAAUACGCCCAGGACUUUCUUGUCGCAAUCUCUGAGCCCGUCUGUCGGCCGGUGCACGUCCACGAGUAUAAGCUCACGGCCUACUCCCUGUACGCCGCCGUCAGUGUCGGGCUGCAAACGUCCGACAUCAUCGAGUAUUUGCAGAAGUUGAGCAAAACCGGCGUCCCCGAGGGCAUCGUGCAGUUCAUCAAGCUCUGCACGGUCAGCUAUGGAAAGGUGAAGCUGGUGCUGAAACAUAACAAGUACUUUGUGGAGAGCGCCCACCCGGACGUUAUCCAGGAUCUCCUUAAAGACAGCACCAUCCGCAGCUGCCGACUGAGGAACGAGGAGGGCGAGGAAACGGAUCUGAUCACCGAGACCUUUACUAGCAAAUCCGCUAUCACCAAGACAACUGAUCCGGCCAGCGACCCAUCCACCUCCCAGGUCGGGGAGACAGAGAAUAAGACCGAUGUCCCGGCCGACUUGUUUGAGUUCUACGAACAGAUGGACAAAGAAGAAGAAGAGGAGGAAGAGACGCAGACGGUGUCCUUCGAGGUUAAACAGGAAAUGAUUGAGGUUCUCCAGAAGCGUUGCAUCCACCUGGAGUACCCACUGCUGGCAGAGUACGACUUCAGGAAUGAUACCAUGAACCCAGACAUCAAUAUCGACCUGAAGCCCACGGCCGUCCUGCGCCCGUACCAAGAGAAGAGCCUGCGCAAGAUGUUUGGCAACGGGCGUGCUCGCUCUGGGGUGAUUGUACUGCCCUGCGGUGCCGGGAAGUCUCUGGUCGGGGUCACCGCUGCCUGCACAGUGCGGAAGAGGUGCCUGGUGCUGGGGAACUCGGCUGUGUCGGUGGAGCAGUGGAAGGCGCAGUUCAAGAUGUGGUCGACCAUUGACGACAGCCAGAUCUGUCGCUUCACAUCCGACGCCAAGGACAAGCCCAUCGGGUGCUCUAUUGCCAUAAGCACCUACUCCAUGCUGGGGCACACCACCAAGAGGUCAUGGGAGGCCGAGCGGGUGAUGGAGUGGCUGAAAAGUCAGGAGUGGGGGCUGAUGAUACUGGAUGAAGUGCACACUAUUCCAGCCAAGAUGUUCCGUCGCGUCCUGACCAUCGUCCAGGCUCACUGUAAGGUCGGCCUGACGGCCACUCUGGUCCGAGAGGACGACAAAAUCGUCGACCUGAAUUUUCUGAUCGGCCCAAAGUUGUAUGAAGCCAACUGGAUGGAGCUGCAAAACAACGGCUACAUCGCAAAGGUGCAGUGCGCAGAGGUCUGGUGCCCCAUGUCCCCCGAGUUUUACAGAGAAUACGUUGCCAUCAAGACAAAGAAGAGGAUUCUGUUCUACACCAUGAACCCAAAUAAAUUCCGAGCCUGCCAGUUCCUGAUUAAGUUCCAUGAGCGGAGGAAUGACAAGAUCAUUGUGUUUGCGGACAAUGUGUUUGCGCUGAAGGAGUACGCCAUCAAGCUCAACAAACCGUACAUCUACGGCCCGACCUCCCAGGGGGAAAGGAUGCAAAUUCUACAAAACUUCAAGCACAAUCCGAAAAUAAACACCAUCUUUAUAUCAAAGGUUGGAGACACUUCCUUUGAUUUGCCCGAAGCCAAUGUACUGAUCCAAAUCUCAUCACACGGGGGGUCCCGCAGGCAGGAAGCACAGCGUCUGGGCCGUGUCCUUAGAGCCAAAAAAGGAAUGGUCGCCGAGGAGUACAACGCCUUCUUCUAUUCUCUGGUGUCUCAGGACACUCAGGAAAUGGCCUACUCCACCAAGAGGCAGAGAUUCCUGGUGGAUCAGGGCUACAGCUUUAAGGUGAUUACUAAGCUGGCCGGCAUGGAAGAGGAGGACCUGGCUUUCUCCACCAAGGAGGAACAGCAGCAGCUUCUUCAGAAAGUGCUGGCCGCCUCCGACCUGGAUGCUGAAGAGGAAGUGGUCGCCGGAGAGUUCGGGUCCAAGUCCACCCAUCUGGCCCGGCGUGUUGGCACCAUGAGCUCCAUGUCUGGGGCAGACGAUACCAUGUACAUGGAAUACCAGGCUCCCAGAAACAAAGGUGCCAACAGCAAGCACGUGCACCCGCUUUUCAAGCGUUUCCGCAAAUGAGAUCCUGGGUUCUGCUGACGUGGAUCUGACACGUUGUCCACACAGUGAGGUGAAGCAGGAGAACACCGGCAAACCCUGAAACGCGCCAGUACAAUGGCUCAUCAUGAAAUAUGUCAGAUUAUUCUUUUACCUACUUGUUUUUUUUAAAGCCUCAAAAGUAUUUAUUGCUGCAUUUUCCUGCCGAUGGCAGUGGAUGCACAGAGAUGAGUAUUCCUUACAGGAAUAGUAAACAAUGAGAGUUUCCCCUCUUAUCUGUAACAUAUCUUUCUGGUUACAAUGUAGCGUUACAUUGGCACGGACUAGCUCCUGUGUCCGACAUUGAUGACUGUGUGUAACAUGGAACGUCCCAUUAUUUCCUGCUAAUAAAACGUUUCAUCUUGUCGUGA